AUGUCGGCCAAAAGAUAUGGACCAAAAUAUCCACAACCCCCGAAAGGAUUCAAGAUACCUCGGCCUAUACCACAGGUUGAACCGAUCCACGAUGGGAAAGGGGGUAAGGGCCAGAGUGUUUGGGAAGUGUUGUAUAAUGCGGAAAGGGAAAAGGAUGCGCGUAUUGAUUGCUUCGAUCAGACAUCCAAGGAAGAUAUACCCUCAUCUGUCCUCUAUUUAGGUUCUAAGGCGAGGACUCGAGUGAAAACUGCGAAUGUGCAAUUAAGUCGCGAAAAGAUUUGCUGCGGCAGUGAUCAUGUUGGAUCAUGCAUGGUUAACUUUGAGCCACAUGGUUGUGCAGCAGAAGAGUGCCGCGAUUAUUGA